AUGAAGGACGAAGCCAAGGCCGAAAUUUACCCCCGAUACUGCUUCCACCUGUCGCCCACGGUCAACAAAUGGUGUCUCUUUCGCGCAUGCGAGAUCCACGCCUUGGACCAGCGUCCCGGCUUUGAAGGGGAGGGAUUCUACUUUCACCGAAAUCUGCCAAUAAAAUGGGUGCGCAUCGUCGGCGUCGUCGUCGCCAUCGACGAGUACGCGGGCCGCAGGGUCUACACCAUUGACGACAGCAGCGCCGCGUGCAUCGAGGCGCUGGUGUCAUUGGCGGCCACGAAGGAUGCCGAUGGCCCAUCGCUGUACCCGGACAUCGACGUUGGUGCCGUCGUCGACGUCAAAGGCAGCCUCUCCACCUUCCGAAACGAGCGGCAGAUCAAGAUCGAGAAGAUGUUUCUCGUGAGAGGUACGACGCAGGAGGUGACGCUCUGGGAAAAGAGAGGCACAUUCCGCCGAGAUGUCCUCGACACGCCCUGGGUUCUCAGCCUCCGGGAGGUGCGUAGAUGUCGCAAGGAGGCCGAGAGAUGCGAGGCGGCGGGCGAGGGCUCGAAGCGGUGGCUUGCGACAACAAUGUCCGAACGUACCGCCGUCCGAACGAUGAAGGCACAAAUGCCACUGUCUGCAGGGGAGCCAAAGGAUAAGAAACGAGGGCGCGAUGCGCUUGGGGCAGUGCAAGAGUUGAUUCGAGAUGGAGCUGUCAAGGGCAAGUAUAGCGCCCUGGGCUUGUGA